AGGUAUCCAUCAUGGAAGUGCUGGAGUUGACUAGCAAGCAUUACACACUCCAAAAUCGAAGCGUCUAUUCAUACUCAAAGAAUAAAAGAAAGCCACUUUCCAAACACACCCACCAACAAAAAGAAAGCAACAUAUUUUCAAACUCUUGAGUAAGCUCCAAGCCUCCUCUCCAUAUCAUAUAUCCAUCAUCUUCCAUCUCCUACUCUCCUCUCUAUCCCAAUUCCAAUCCCCAUGUUUAUGCAGGUUCUAAACCGAUACACCUUCUCCUCCAUCGCCCUCGUCUCCUUCACCUUGUGCCUCGCUGCAGAACUCAAGAAAACUAAGAAAGAUGAUCUCGUAUUCAAUGGAAAGCUGUGUUACUUGCCUAGAAGUUCGUCUUUCGAGCUUGGAAUCACAGGCUUAAUCUGUCUUAGUAUCACCCAAGUCACCGGAAGUUUAUUCAUUUACAGAGAAUUCAGCCCGGGGGAAAAAUUUACAGUCACACGCAGUUUGCUAGUUUUAUCCUGGAUUGGCUUUGGAGUUGCAGUGGUAUUACUAAGUGCAGCAAGUAGCAUGAACCAGAGUCAAGCCUUCGGAGAAGGAUGGUUAGAUGGAGAGUGCUACCUAGUUAAAGAUGGAGUCUAUAUUGGUUCAGCCAUACUUACCUUGCUGGCGCUCGGCUCAACCCUUGGCUCUGGUAUCAUAGCCGUAAGGAAAAACAAAGCUGAAGAAACACAAGGCUCCUUAGUUCAUGCAAAAAUUGAUAAAUGACAAGAUUACACAAGAGUAGUACCUAACAUAACCGGCAGUUGGUAUGCGUCUUAAUCGCAAAAAUCCUUCUCAAUCAAGGUAAAGUGCAGCAGACAAAAACCAAAUUGGUAUGUAUACAUACACUCACUUGUAAUAGUAGGAGGUACUUGCAACUUCGCAAUUGUACUCUAGAUAAACAGCUAGCUCAAAAGGUCAAAAUACAGAAUAGAGAUGACAUUCAAUGAA